AUGGCUACCCCCCACAAAUGUACUACCUUACCGACCAAAUACUGCGAGGAACAUGACCCAGAGGCCGUUCCCUGCCGCCGUAUGAGAGGAUUUUUAUCUCCAGUUUCAAGCAAGGCAUCAAAUCACCUGCCAUUACAAUCCAGCGACCGGAGCCGCUUCUCUGGGGAGACAAUAGCGGCUGCACGCCCUGAUGAGACUACUGAGCUACAUGAGCAACAGAAAAUCAGUUUAAGUCUGAUCAUUGCUGAUUUGCAGACCAAGCUGAUGGAAGUGCAGUUGGAAAGAGAUGGACUUCAGGAUACCAGACAAAAGGAAUUCCAGAGCCAAGAGAAUGCAAAAAGGCAGCGAAAAAAUACUAUUCAGGAGCUGGAAGCUGCCAACCAGCUGCAGGAGGAGAUGCUGAGGGAGGCUGACAGGCAAACUGAGGAUCUGAAAAAGAUGGUACACAGCCACGAGGCAGUACUUCUGGAGCUGCGUGGCAUCCUAAUGGCCUACGAAGACAGCACGGGCAAGAAACUCUGUGAGCACGAGGACGUUACCAGCCUGCAGAUCCACAACCUGAGUGCAGCAUUUGCUGACAUCUUGCGAGACUUAGACUCAGAGGUGUCAUACCUCAAGGAAAAGGUUGUCCUGGUAGAAGACGAACUUGAGUCAUUGAAAAAAGAUUCACAGACCCAAAAACAACUUAUGCUUCAGCAACAUCAAAUUAGUAUUGGGCAGCUAAUAAGGGAGCAUGAACAGGAGGUGGCAGCACUAACUGAUAAAGCUAGCAGCGCACACAGCUGAGCAAAUAGUAUCCAAAGCCAGAUGGAGAUGAUUCAAGAACAAACAAACACCCAAAAUUCAGUGCAUGCACAUCAAGUGAGUCACCUGGAAUCUACAGUUUCUCGGCUGCGUUCUGAAUUACAAGAAGCUAAGAGGAUGUACGAAGACAAGGUCAAGGACCUUGAGAAGCAGUUGCACCUAGCUCAUUCUGAGAUAGCAGAAGCUCAGACAGAACAGGAUCAACACAGCCGAGGAUCUGGAAAUCUAAAUGACCAGAUUCAUCUAUUGUUGACUGAACUUCAUAAAAAAGAGAUACAACUAAGUCUAGAAAAAGAGCAGAACAAGCGGUUUUGGGAUCGGAACACAGAAAACAGCCUCACCAUUGACCAGCUGAGGAGAGAACUAGACAACAAAAACAUGCAAUUGCAGCGCAUGGAGAGCACGGUGAAGGAAAUGAGGACUGAAUGUCACAGACAAAUGGAGCGCCAGAUGGCUGCAAUUCAGGAAAAAAAUGAAAGCAUUGAAAGAAUCUCCUCUUUGACUGUCCAGCUGGAGUCAACCAAGGAAGCACUCUGUAAAGUUAAAGAAGAUCUUGCAGCCAAACAGAUGAAUUUGGAGACUGCUGAGAAAACAGUGUCAAAUCUGGCGGCCCGUCUGCAGGAGAAAGAGGGAGCCCUUGAGGUUACCAAUGAGGAGAUCAAGAAGCUCUAUUCACAACUUGGCAGUAGGAUGCAGGAGCUCCAGCAUCUAAAGAAUGAAGAGGACUGUUUACACAAUGUACAGUCAGAGUGUGAAACGCUGAAGCUGCAGCUGUUAGAGAAGGAAAGGAUUGUUGAGAUCUUCCAAGAGCAAAUUGAUAACAUGACCCAGAUCGUGGGCCAGCACAGUCGAACUGCUGGAGCAAUGGAAGUUGAGAAAUCUCAGCUUGUAAAAGAAAUAAAUGACUGGAAACUUAAAGUAGAAGAACUUAAGAUUGCAAAGGAUGAAAAAGAAGCCAGAAUAUGUGAAAUGGAGGCCCGACUGAGAGAGCUAGAAUUGGAAAAGGUUAAACUGGUGAACACAUGCAGUGAGAGACUCCAUGCAGUUAAUGAUAUGAAACUGGAAAAAGACCAGCUAAUGAACGAACUCCAAGCCGGUCGGAGGGAGCUAGCUAGCCUUACAGAAGAAUUUGAAGAUCUGAAGAGGGAUUACCAAGAUAAAAUUGAGGAGAUGGAAAAUACUGCAAACAAACUGAAAAUGCGGUUGAAAUCUGCCAAAGCUGAACUGGAACAGACCAGAACUGCUCUAAAGACUAUGGAGGGAUCUGAUGGCCAUGCUAUGAAAGUUGCAGUGGGAAUGCAGAAACAGAUCACAGCCAAGAGAGGACAGAUAGAUGCAUUGCAGAUCAAGAUAAAAUUCUUGGAAGAGGCAAUGACAAAUGCUGCUAAGGAGAAGCAUUACCUCAGAGAAGAAAAUCAUAAACUAAGUAAAGAAUUGAGCUAUAUUGUAGCAGACAAUACCAAGAUUGCUGGGGAACUGGAGAUUCUGAGAUCACAAGACAAACGUCUGAAAGAAAAAAUAUCUAAGAUGGAGGCAGCCCUUGAUAAGGCAUCCAUGCAGUUUGCAGAAUGUCAGUGCAUAAUCCAGUGUCAGGCACAAGAAGCUAUGCGCUUCAGACUGCAGCAUACUUUAGAUGUGAAAGCAUCCAUGCAGUUUGCAGAAUGUCAGUGCAUAAUCCAGUGUCAGGCACAAGAAGCUAUGCGCUUCAGACUGCAGCAUACUUUAGAUGUGAAAGAGCUGCAGGGCCCAGGCUACUCAUCAGGUUCAGGCAAGCUGCGGCACGUGGUCCCUCUUUCCCACCUGCACUCUGCUGUCGUGCCACCUUCCCGGAACUUGGCCAGCUGUGCCCUUUGUCUGGCCUUCAAUGAUUUUGACCAAUUUUAUCCUAAAAGGGAGGCUGCAGCUAGAGACUCUGCUCCUAGCAUUGUGGAAAAGGACACUGUUGGACGGGAUCCUUCAUGCUUACAUACUGGAGAUCCUCAGUCCCAAGGUGUUACCCUGCCCUUUACGUCCCUUGGAGAUGCAAUAGGAAAAGCAGGUAAGCAACAACAUUUUCAAAUAAUACUGACCAAAUUCCAUUUUUUAAACAUUACAUUUCUCUAUUUUGCAAGGUCUGAAAAUAUCAUUUCUCUUAGAGGACACAUAAGCACUGCAGUAGCUUCUGAGCCCAUGGAAACGAGUGAGAAUACAACUAGGAGGCUACAGGACAAGCUGGAAAGCCUGCAAAGCCUGGUGGAAUCAUUGCAGAUAAAACACCAAGCCAUGUCAUCAAUGAUCAGAACUCAGGAAAUGAAGACAAGGAAAGCAAAGGAAAAGAAGAAAAAGCUAUCAAAGUGAAGACACCUUAUACAUUAGUGAUUACUUUCACGGUUCUUGGCGAAUGCUAAGGCCGAAAUUCCUGAGUCACUAAUGACAUAUCAAGUGUUAGAAGCAGAAAUGCUGGACAGAAGCGAGAAGAGUCGUGGCCCAGGAGAUCACA